AUGUGUUGGAGCGGGGAAUGUGUGGAAGCAGACGCGUAUUGCGACGGCAUGAAGGACUGCUUGGACGGAUUCGAUGAACUGGACUGCCAUACGGACGUGUCAUGCGGACAACACGAAUUUACUUGUUCCAAUCGGGUUUGCAUCCCGUUGACCCAGAAAUGCGAUGGGAAAAGCGAUUGCAACGACGGAUCUGACGAAGUUGGAUGCCCUAAGGGGUGCACCACGGAAGAAUUCCGAUGCGAUAUGGGCGGUUGUAUCCUGAUCAAGUACAAGUGCGACUCCUACAAUGAUUGCCCCGAUGGCUCCGACGAAAGAGGAUGCCCGUGUGCGGAGGGUACGUUCACGUGCGGGAACGUAGCGUGCAUCGACGCGGAUCGGCGCUGCGACACCGUCGAGGACUGCGAGGACGGGUCCGACGAAAUCGAGUGUGAAGUC